AUGAAUGUCUCUUAUGGUUUAAUUCCAAUGGAUGUGUAAGCUUUAAGAAAUAUGUCACAUACUUCAUCUAGUGCUCUUGAUCUACCCUAAAGAUACUUAUCUUAGAUUUAGAACAGAGACUUGGAUGCAACUAAUAUUAGAUACCUAAAGGCAAAGACUGUCCAGAUCUAACCCUUUGAACUGGUUCCUGAAGACAUAUCAAAUCAUUUAUAAAAAUUGAUCAGUGAUAUGAGUGAACAACUCUUAAGAGUUGUCGAUAAACUUUAUUGUCCUACUGAAAAAUCUAUGAUUUAGGCACUUUCAUAAAAUAUUAAUUCUGACGGUUUUCAAAAAUUAUUAGAGUACUCAAGGCUGAUAAUCUUGACCACCUAGAGUUUCCAUGGUAGUUUCUCAUUCAGCUAAUCAAUUGACUCCAGCACAACCUUAACCAAUUGUUGA